UACAUACUUCGCCUUCCACUCUUUCCCCACAAACCAUUAAUCAACCUCAUCAACAACUCCGAUCUGUUGAACCGGGUUCAGGGAAAAUAAUAACAUGGCCGAAGUCUCCACAAAACCGGAAGUUUGGAGCUGCAAAACGGUUCAAGAGGUGGUUGAAAAUGGCGGCGAGCUACCCAGUAGGUAUAUUUGGAUCAGAAAUGAUCGUAGUGAUUAUGGUCCAAUAGAUCUGAAUGUUCCAGUAGCUACAGAAAUCCCAGUCAUUGACUUUACCAGAUUACAGCUUUCAUCUUCAUCUUCAUCGUCCGCCAUUGAUGAAGAGCUGCUCAAGCUCCGCUCUGCUCUCACCACAUGGGGUUGCUUCCAGGCAAUAAAUCAUCGCAUUGAGAAUUCCUUCCUAGAUGAAGUCCGUCAUCUCGCAAGAGAAUUCUUUCACCUGCCGAUGUCGGAAAAGCAAAAAACUGGCAGAACUGAAAACGAUUACGAAGGCUACGGCAAUGACAUCAUCCUCUUCGAGAACCAGCCACUCGAUUGGACCGAUCGGCUCUAUCUCUUAGUCUCUCCACAAGACAACCAAAAACUCGAAUACUUUCCUCAAACCCCACAAUCUUUCAGGAAAAUGUUGCAUGAUUAUACUAUUGAGAUGAAACGUGUCCAAGCAGAGCUGCUUAAGUCGAUAGCAAGGUCGCUAGAUUUAGCAGAGGAUUGCUUUGUGAAAAGAUUCGGUGAAAGAGGGACGAUGUAUGCAAGAUUCAACUACUACCCACCUUGUUCGAGACCCGAUUUGGUUCAUGGGCUGAAACCGCAUGCGGAUGGAUCCGGGUUGACUAUUCUCUUGCAAGACGACAAAGUUGAAGGGCUUCAAAUGUUGAAAGGUGACCAGUGGUUUCGUGUUCCUGUCAUGCCUUACGCCUUGCUCGUUAACAUAGGCGAUCAACUCGAGAUAAUGAGUAACGGAAUAUACAAGAGCCCAGUGCACAGAGCACUAACAAACGCAGAAAACGAGAGGAAUACGUUGGCUAUGUUUUGUGCACCAGAUCCCACAUUAGAGAUUGAACCGGUCGAGGAGCUUGUGGACAACGAGAAAAAGCCUAGAUUGUUCAAGAAAGUCAAGAACUAUCCGGAAACUUAUUUCCAGUACUAUCAGCAGAUGAAAAGGCCUAUCGAUGCUGUUCGAAUCUAGUUGAUCCCGCCUUUGUGUUACUACUUUAACGCUACCUUAAACUAUACCCGAGCACCUUUUAUUCUAAUUUGGUUCUGAUGUAAUCAGAUUUUUCGUUUGUGGGAUGUGUGUUAGAAAUCUGACGAUGGUAAAAA